UUGUGCCAAGUAAAAUGAGUCGUUUAGCAGUUUUUGUAAUAAGUGUUGUUGGUGCGACUAUUGUGUUGGCAGAUGUUACUCCACGAAGAGACGCAGAGUAUCCACCACCAGAACUUCUGGAGGCUCUGCGGCCCCUUCGCGAUAUAUGUGUGAAGAAAACGGGAGUAUCUGACGAGGCCAUCAAAGAGUUUAGCGACGGUAAGGUUCACGAAGACGAAAAACUGAAAUGCUACAUGAACUGUCUAUUCCAUGAGGCUAAAGUGGUUGAUGACACAGGCCACGUGCACCUGGAGAAACUUCACGAUUCUCUUCCCGAUUCCAUGCAUGAUAUUGCGCUCCACAUGGGCAAGCGCUGUCUCUAUCCAGAGGGAGAAAAUCUCUGUGAAAAGGCUUUCUGGCUGCACAAAUGCUGGAAGGAGUCUGAUCCCAAGCAUUACUUCCUGAUCUAAGACGCUAGCAGAAUCAGAAAUGGAUUGCAAAAAUAACAUGCAAUAGUGUAAAAAUAAAUAAGCACGUAGAAGUUGUAACUAACUACCAAGAAAAAAUCUAAAUUUAGGAAUAGUAAGUGACUAACCUAAAGCAAUUAACAAAAGCAA